UACCCACUACAGCAUGCUAAUAGGGGACUUCAACGCCAAAUUGGGGCAUAAGGAAGACGAAACCGAAACACCGUUGGGAACCCACGGAUUUGGAGUAAGGAAUGAGAGAGGUCAAACGCUUCUUGAAUUUCUUCUACAACAUAACCUAUUUGUAAUGAACAGCUUCUAUCGCAAAGCACCGCUGCGAAAAUGGACCUGGGUCAGCCCCGACUGUUCUACAAAAAAUGAAAUCGACUUUAUCAUAUCUAACAGAAAGGAAAUAGUGCGAGAUGUAACUGUGCUGAAUAAGUUCUCAAUGGGCAGCGACCACAGGCUGGUCCGAUCCAAAAUCUCAAUUAAUAUCAAGAACGAGCGGCGAAAGCUUAUUAAACAGCCAACAUCCAGCAAAUGGAGACCGCUUAGAGACGAAAUCCAGUAUCAGCGUAGAAUGGAAUCACAGCUAGCACCUAUGAAAAAUGUUUUAGAUCCGAAUAUAGAAGACCUGAAUUCACUUAUUACAAAUUCUCUAAAACCGCAGUAAAAGAAUGCCAGACACAAAGCACCCAACGAAACGAAAAACUCAGUACAAGCACUAAACAACUAAUGGAAAGGAGAAGAAAUCUUACAAAUAAACAUACAACAAAGGCAACAGAAUUAAGACGCCUAAAUAGAGAAAUAUCCAAAGCAGUGAGAAGGGACACAAGAACAUAUAACACAAGUGAAAUCUUAAAGGUAAUCGAGCAAAAUAAGGACUUGAAAUCACUACGGAAGCCAUUCUCCGAAGGCAAGAAAAACAUCUGCAAGCUGGCAAAAGAGAGUGGCCAAAUAGCCACAAAUAAAGUGGAAAU